CACUCCACUGGCAGUACGCCACUAGGAAGCCACGAUUACGGAACUUGUAAUCAUCGAUUCACCUGUCACUUGUCACUGAACGCACGGUUAAACACCUUCCUAGCACUCGGACGACCGACUAGCGCGGGAAAAGGUGGCGGGACGUUAUAAAAUUGACGAACGCCUCUGCUUAUGCGGUGGCGCCACGAUGCAGAUGAAUGUUAGAAUCGAUUCAAGAAACGAUGUGAAACAAUCGAUAGAUUUAUAUUUCGAGUUAAUAGUUGACUUUUAUCGAUAUAGUUUAACCAAAGUUUUCCGAAUUUAUUUGUGUUUGUAUUGAUCAGAAGAAUUUAUAUUGUGACAACUAUAAAAUGACUUACAAACGGAGAAAAUAUCACAAGGGAGACACCCACUUAAAAAAAGCUUGGAGAACUAAACGUCGUACAAAAGAUCUCGAUGAGAUAAAUGAAGAUAUCAAGGACGUGAAUGCUAAGGCAUUGCUUAACCAAGAGGUUGACUUGGACAAACCUGGCGCUGCUCAACACUAUUGCAUACAUUGCGCGAGGUAUUUUAUCGACAACAAGGCUCUGCUUGAUCACUUUACUACCAAAGUUCACAAGCGUCGGCUGAAGGCACUUGAAUUGGAACCCUACACCAUCGAAGACUCGGAACGAGCUGCUGGUAAAGGGAACUAUGUGCCACCUACUAAACGCAAGAUCGAAACUCAGCCAGGAAAAGAAGCCCAAAACAUUGAAGUUGAUGAUGACGAUUGCAGUCCACCAGCUACAAAGCUAAUAAGGACAGAAGCUUAAUUAAAAACAGAACUGAAGCUGAUCUCAUUCUUCAAUUUCUCUAAGAAUGGCACUCAUUUGUACUAGAUUAUCAGGCCUGCUCCAUUUAGCUGUCAGAAAAAGUGUUUCUAGUUUUAGCCAAAAACCGUCCCCGAAUAUAUUAACCCGGUUUAAUA